UUAAAAAUUAGAAACAAAUUUAAAAUUUUAAAAUAUUACUUUGAUAUUGAGUUUCAAUAAACCCGCUACGAAUAUUUUGAAUCCGUCACCGUAAAAAGAUGUCUUGGCUCCCAAUUUUCAUGUUAAUAGUUGCAUUUGAGCUCAUAUGCCUACAGCCUGCUCUAGCUGGUUUGUCUGUCAAGUAUCUUCCUGGAUUUGAAGGACAACUUCCCUUUCAACUUGAAACGGGGUAUAUAGGAGUAGGUGAAGCAGAUGAGGUGCAAGUCUUCUAUUAUUUUAUAAAGUCAGAAUCGAAUCCUAAAGUCGAUCCACUUAUUUAUUGGUUUACGGGAGGUCCCGGUUGCUCUGCAUUGAGUGUCAUUUUUUUCGAAUUCGGACCCAUUACAUUGGACACUAGAGCUUAUAAUGGGAGCUUGCCCACGUUGUCUUUAAAUCCAUAUGCAUACACAAAGGUGGCAAGCAUAAUUUUUGUGGAUUUGCCAGUGGGGACUGGAUUUUCCUAUGCAACAACACAAAAAGCAAAUUACUCAGAUGAUUUACAAUCAGCUAAUCAUGCUUAUGAAUUUCUUCGAAAGUGGUUAAUUGAGCAUCAAGAAUAUCUCAGUAAUCCUUUUUAUGUUGGUGGAGACUCAUAUAGUGGAAUUACAGUUCCUAUUGUUACUCAAGUCAUAUCAAAUGGUAAUGAUAUGGGAAUCAAGCCAUGGAUCAAUCUUAAGGGAUAUAUUUUAGGCAAUCCAGUAACAUUUGCUGGUCAAGAUUACUAUAUCAUACCUUUUGCUCAUGGGAUGGGCCUAAUUUCUGAUGAACUAUACGAGUCAUUAGUGACUAAUUGUGAAGGAGAGUUGAUAUAUAGAGAUCGACCUAUAACCCACCCACUUUGUUCAAGGGACGUGGAUACUUUAAAUUGGUUGACUAAGGAUAUUUAUUUAUAUAAUAUCCUAGAGUCCCCUUGUGAACUUGUAUCAAAAGAUUCAAGAAGAUGGUUGACUCAAAAUGUUAUAAAGCUCAAAAAUUCUGCUACAUAUCCUCAAGUUAAAUGUCGAGUAAGUAACUAUCAUUUUUUUUUCAUUUAUUUUUAGGAAAAAUGUAUAACUAUGCCUGAAAUCUUAGAGAUACACUUAUACUACACUAAGACCUAUUACCCCUCUGAACUUAUUUAUAAAUAAUUUUCUAUCCCUUUUUGGUCUACGUAGCACUAAUUUGAAAAAAAAAAUAUAACUAUGCCUGAAAUUUCAGAGACACACUUAUACUACACUAAGACCUAUUACCCCUCUGAACUUAUUUAUAAAUAAUUUUCUACCCCUUUUUGACCUACGUAGCACUAAUU